GGGACGUUCUUGAAAGGGCAUCGGCUUCGAGGAUCGAAGGAGUUGUCAUCUCUUCCGCGGCGGAAGGCGCCGGAAGGUCGGCGGAAGUAAUACGAGGCCGCUUCCGCCGGCGGAAGCUGGCGGAAGGCUGGCGGUGAUGGCGGCAACGGAACAGGGCCUGAACCCACAGGAGGCCAAGGAGGCGCUGGACGUGUUGAUCUCCAUGUGGACCAAGGUGCAGGACCCCGCGGCGAAGCUCGUGGCCACACGCUGCUUCAGGGUCAAGACAGGCACACAGAAGGACGAGGAGGACACCGAGGGCAUGGAGGUCAAAUGGAUCUUCGCGAUCAGUCACUACCCGAAGUUCAAGAUGGCCCUGACUGUACUCCGCGAGAACGGGGCGCUCGCAGUUGCGGGCAUCCACCUGUGCUUCGACAUCGCCACGCGGUCGAGGGCCGCGAAGCUGCUGGAGACGCUGGCGUUUCAGGGCGGAUCGAGCUAGCCGCAGCAGAAGGGGGAGAAGACAACAACUCAAGGAGGAAGAGAACGAGGUGAGCGGAGCUGCAGGAGUGCUGCGAGAGCCGUGCCCUCCCCGUCUGUGUCCCCCCUUCCCGUCAGCUUCGGCCGCUUCGGGGGGGUCGCGCGCCUCGCUCCGCCAGAGGGAGGGGGGGAGCCGCCCCGCAGUGCCACCCCGCAGAGGCCGGGGUGCGCAG